ACUCUGUUAUUAGAACGACGAUCGCAUUAUUUUCCUCGUAUUAACCAAAACGAGCCCGCCAGAUUUCUCUGAGACUGUGAUUCAGUUUUGGAACCUAAUUCUCUCAAGAGAUUCAGCUAAGAUGAGUACUAUGAAAUUUUGCCGUGAAUGUAACAACAUUCUGUAUCCUAAGGAGGACAAGGAGCAGAAGAUCCUGCUCUACGCUUGCCGUAAUUGUGAUCACCAGGAAGUAGCUGAUAACAGCUGUGUGUACAGAAACGAGGUUCAUCACUCUGUAAGUGAGCGAACUCAGAUCCUAACUGACGUGGCUUCUGACCCAACUCUUCCCCGAACCAAGGCUGUGCGUUGCGCUAAGUGUCAGCAUAGCGAGGCCGUCUUCUUCCAGGCUACGGCUAGAGGCGAAGAAGGAAUGACACUGUUCUUUGUCUGCUGCAACCCGAAUUGUGGUCAUCGCUGGAGAGAAUAGAGAGCAUUUCGGUCAAUUGUUCAAUCAUCUACCUAUGUUUUGAUGAGUUCUUAAGAGUUUUAGGGCGUUGAUGUAGUUAACCAGUAAGUGUAAUAUGUGGAAUGAUGGGAACAACCUUCUACCCCAGUCAGUGACAAAUCCGUAUGAGGAGCUAUUAGUCAUGUUAUGAAAUCAUAAUCUCAACUUGUGUUUCA